UUCAUUGCGUCCGCUCUGACGUGAAGAGCGACAAAGCCCCGAGGGUCGGACAUGUAACUUCAGUUUCGUGGGAGAAAGCAUUUCUCUGCGCCACAGAAAACAGACGAUAAGUGGAACUGGAAGUGCCCUUUUCCUGUUUGUGUUCUUCACUAUCAUCGACUCGGAAAAACUACGGCAGUUCUGAAGCCACAGGCACGCUGGUGGACACAUAAGGAUUUUCUGAUGAAAGUCAAGGUUGUCCGGCUUAAAGUCGAGGUUAUCCAGCGAGGAAGAUUUAUUGCUUCUCACAGGAGUGCGGAGAGAUUUUCUUAGUUCACGUAAACAAGCAACUUAUGUUUGAACGAUGGUAAAUUAUGCGUUUGUACGAUGAAGGAAUAACCGGUGAUGAUUUGCACGACAAAACCGACUUUUUUGGCGUUCGAAGUUUAGUCGUUUGUAACAUAACACCUCUGAAAUAAAAGUUUGAAAAGAUAAUCUGACGUCUGUAAAUUCAAAUCAUAUCCACAUUUAGACAACGCUGACUUAAACGCGCGCUAUAUUUUCGUCCCAAAUUGGAGGAAUGCUUCGACGCUCUUGUGGGAAGGAUAUGUUCAGUUUCAUCAAAUAAACGCCAGUUACUGUUUAUUUACUAACUUACUCGUCGAAAGUCCCAAAAGGAGAUAACCAAGUUCUGGAAUUGUAAGGUUUGAAGUGAUUCUGACGUUUUCUUCAACCCGCAGCUGACUGUUGGAAAUGAACCUGAGGUGCGAAAAGGACGUUCGUUAAAUAACCGUUGGAUUUGUCCGCGAACAUUGACGGAAUCCUGGAUACCUCAACGGGCAUUCGAAUGGGAUCUAUCAUGAUUUUACUGAAUAUUCUGAGCGUCCUGUUUUUAUCUGAUGAGGUGGCGCUUUCCAUGGCCAGCCAUUCAACCUUGUCAGGGCUGGGAACUCACGGAUGGAGGGCUCCCAUGGACUGCCUGAGGGCCAGUGAGGUGUGCAACCAAAACUCACAGUGCAGCUCACGUUUUCGCAUCAUGCGCCAGUGCCUGGUAGGUCGUGACAGGACUACCAUGCUGGCCAACAGGGAGUGUCAGGCUGCCCUCGAGGUUCUGCAGGACAGUCCACUGUAUGACUGCCGGUGCAAGAGGGGCAUGAAGAGGGAGCUUCAGUGUCUGCAGAGCUACUGGAGUAUUCAUAUGGGUCUCAAUGAAGGUGAAGAACUCUAUGAGACCUCUCCAUAUGAACCGAUGCAUCUUUCUGAUGAGUUUCGACUUGCCUCCAUUAUUUCUGCCAUGGACUCUGCUUCUGCAAAAGGGAAUCUUUGUUUUGACACGGGCAAACCCUGCAACCCAUGUCUGGAUGCCACGAAGGCUUGCAACCUCAACGACACAUGCAAGAAACAACGCACCGCACUCUUGGCCACUUGUAGUCCUGCGGCUCCCAUUCAGCAAGCUCACGAACCCUGCAAUCGAAAGCGCUGCCACAGGGGUCUAAGGCAGUUCUUCGACCGCGUGCAGACAGAAUUCAGCUACCCACUGCUCUUCUGCUCCUGUCGGGAUAAAGCAUGUGCUGAACGCCGACGGCAAACUAUCAUGCCUGCGUGUUCGUAUGAGGAAAAGUCAAAACCUAACUGCCUUGAACUAAGGAGGACCUGUCGUUCAGAUCCGCUAUGCAGAUCCAGGCUGGCAGACUUUCACAUGAAUUGCCAGACGACACCGCAUUCAAUAACAAGCUGUCCUAAUGAUAACUACCACGGUUGUCUGGUGUCCUACGUUGGACUCAUUGGAUCAGAUGUGACUCCAAACUAUGUGGAUGCGAGCCACACCAACAUCACCAUAUCCCCUUGGUGUGGCUGUCGAGGCAGUGGAAAUCACGAAGCUGAGUGCGAGGCCUUCCUUCGAGACUUCAGAGAGAACACUUGCCUGAGAAAUGCUAUCCAAGCAUUCGGUUAUGGCACGGACGCAGGUCUAGUUCCCAUCACAGAGUCUCAGUCGGCAGUCCCAUCAGUACGGACCAAUCUGCAACCGGCUAUCAUCACCAAACAUGUCAUCAACUCAAAUGAUGUCAAGCAAAUAGACAGUGCAUGCGUUUUCUCCACAUGCGCUAACCUUCAGGACAGUGAGCAGAAAUGUUCUAACAGUUUUGAAUGUGCUGAUGAGAAUGUGCUAAACCCCAAUAUGGAGGGAUCCAUUGACUCGGUGGGCUCUCACCAGGCCGACAACAACAGAGCCAGACAUUCAUCUGUGACUUCAAUCAGUGUUUCUGCCGCCACACUGACACUGGCCUUUGCACUGGUCAAUCAGGGUCUGUAAACACAGCCUGACUCUACAGCACCAGGAAGCAUCUGAUGGAUUCUUCUGACCUCAAUCAAAGAACUUCUCUAAAGUGACAUUGAUCUUUCUCUCUCUCUAAGUGUGUGUGUAUGUGUGUCUCACACGCCAUCUUUAAAAAAAACAGUCAAAACAAAUGGAAAAAAAGGAGCUCGUAACAGACUCGAAACACCACUGCCCCAUUAAGGGAAAGGAAGGAACCACUGGCAAAGAACUUCUUAAAAACGUCAUCUUUUGAGGAAAGUAGUCCAUGAUAGUUUCAAAGCUGAUGGACAUUUGAUGAAGAACUUUGAUUAAGAACAGCCGGCCAAUCGCAGACAAACUCUCGCUGUAUAUUUACCUAGAGAAAUAGAGCAUUCGUCAAACAAACUCUUUGCUAUCUCCCCGCGCACAUCAGUACAGUAGUGCUCACUGCCUCGAUCAUUACCAACGAUUCCAUGUAAAUGUUUCUUUAGUUUGAAGAGAAAAAAAAUCGUGCCCUUUUUAAUAAUUUCCAGAGUCUGUUUUUCAAGGAUUCAUCAGCGACACAUUUUUAAGCUACAACCCGGCCGGCACGACUCGAACCAUACUGCCCUGUGUACAAUGUGUAUAAUGAUGUUUGUAAGUAUAUGGGAUUCUUUGAGAAAAUGUCAAGCUUUUUUUUUUUCCUGUUUUAUCUCUAAAAGAACCUUUAGCAUGUGCUGGAAAGCCGAAGACGUGGGGAACUAGAAUAAAAGCGGAGAGCCAUGUGAAACGUAUCACCAUGGAGAGCCGUCAGUGCCAAUGAUGUUCGUCUUAGGCUGUUAUUAUGUGUAAUCAUUUCUUUCUCGCCAAAAGACUUGGAUUAUAUUCAAAGAAAAGUGCUCCGGGAGAGCGGAACAAAAGAUCCAUUUGCAGAGAGGGUCAAUUGUUGGUGUAUUUUAUAGUGUGCAAUCUAUCGUGUGGCCUUACUUUUUUUGUCUUCGCUCUGUUCCUCUCUCUUAUGUAAUGGUUUCAGACCAUAACACUCGCAGAGUAACGCCAAGACAGACAGAGAUGAUUUCGGAUGAUCAAAAAUAACAGCUCCUUCGACUCAAAAUAUAUAUAUAUACACACAAAUAAAAAAGUCUUGGUUCAUUUGUGAUGCUUUAUAAGGGGACACGACAGAGGCUCAAGAAUGUGUCAGACAUAUUUGUUUA